GCGGCGCCCGGCUCCUAGGUGCCAGCUGAGCCGCCCCGGGCGCGGGCGGCGCGUCGCCAUGCCGGCGUGACGGGCGCCCCCGGCUGCCCGCGCGGCCCCGCGCCCCGCGCCGCGCCGGCCGGGCGGCAGGAUGGGCUGCAUCCAGAGCAUCACCUGCAAGGCGCGGAUCCGGCGCGAGAACAUCGUGGUGUACGAUGUGUGCGCCACCAUCGACCAGUGCCCCACGCGCAUCGAGGAGACCUCACCCAUCGUCCUGCGCUACAAGACCCCCUACUUCAAAGCCUCGGCCCGCGUGGUCAUGCCCCCCAUUCCCCGCCACGAGACCUGGGUGGUGGGCUGGAUCCAGGCGUGCAACCAGAUGGAGUUCUUCAACACCUACAGCGACCUGGGCAUGUCGAGCUGGGAGCUGCCGGACUUGAGGGAAGGGAGAGUGAAAGCCAUCAGCGACUCGGACGGCGUGAGCUACCCUUGGUACGGGAACACCACGGAGACCGUGACCCUGGUCGGCCCCACCAGCAAGACCUCCAGGUUCUCCGUCAGCAUGAAUGACAACUUCUACCCGAGUGUGACCUGGGCCGUGCCGGUGAGUGACAGCAACGUGCCGCUGCUCACCAGGAUCAAGAGGGACCAGAGUUUCACCACCUGGCUGGUGGCCAUGAACACGACCACCAAGGAGAAGAUCAUCCUGCAGACCAUUAAGUGGAGGAUGAGGGUGGACAUCGAGGUGGACCCUGUCCAGCUCCUGGGGCAGCGGGCCCGGCUGGUGGGCAGGACUCAGCAGGAGCAGCCCCGGAUCCUGAGCCGGAUGGAGCCCAUCCCCCCCAACGCACUCGUGAAACCCAACGCCAACGAUGCCCAGGUCCUCAUGUGGAGGCCCAAGCGGGGGCCGCCGCUGGUCGUGAUCCCCCCUAAGUAGCAGCCGCCCGGCCAGACUGCGUGUGGCGCGCACACCGUGGAGAGGUGCGGCGAGGCUGCCGGGGACGGCGGGAGCCAGGCUGAGUUUUCUGAGCCAAAGCAGACCUCCUGGUUGGCCAGCCUUUGCGGCUGCUCGCCGAGGGCGGGGCUGCCCCUGGGGUGGUGGAACCGUGAUCCCUAGGAGAUGCCCCUCCCUCUUAGGAAUAAAGAGAUCCCUGAUUUGGCGGACUCGCGGGGACCACCCUGCAAGUCGCCAUGUUUUGGAGCUGAGCGGGAUGAUUCUUUUAUUAGAACCACUGACCGUUUCUCUCCUGUGAGAUGCAGGGGGUGGAGGCGACAUCAAACAGUGCCUGUGGCAAGGGCUGCCGCCCCGCCCCCCGGUCAGACGCGGGAGCGGAAACUUCCACGCCAGGCGUGCGGGAGCCAGACGGAGCCUCUGUCCCGCGGGAGGCUGCGGGGCAGAGCGGGCGGCCCGCCUCCGGUGGUGGGGAGAGGGAGGCCAGGUUGUGACUACCCAUUAAUUAUUGUGCACUUAUUAGUUGAUUAUCAGAUCAUCAAUAUACUCACUGGAAGGAAAGGAUCUCCCAGAACGCGGCAGGCACAGUGACGCGGGCUCCGCGCCAGCCCUGGGAGCUGUCCGCGGUGCUGACGCGAGCUAACCGGUGGGGACGUCUCCCGGCCGCUCCGCCUACCUACCUCUUUCCGAAAAGCGAUGACUUGGAGCGUCCUUAAUCACAGCGCGUGGAUAGACCGCCCCUGCGCCCCGCAGUCGCUGGGCUGUGUGGGGCCUCCGCCACGUUUUUAGUGGAACCCGAAUCGUGAUUCUGUUUACAGCUGCCUAUUCUGUUCCCUUCCCCAGUCCUAACCGUCCGAAAGGGUAACGUGUACAAGCCAUGAAUCCAUGUAGGGCUUCAGCAAAUAAGAAUAGCAUUUUCACUUGUU